UCUUAUCUCCUUAUAAUUAAACAAUAUGCAUGCACUUCCACAAUGAAAGAAAAUCAAGAAAUUUCUCAUAAAAAAGUUGAAUAUCAAUAUCAAGAUUCUAUCAAGAACUUUAAAUCUUUGUCAAUGGUGGAUGAUGGAGGAAAAAUAGGCGAUUUAUUCGACUCCACGAAGAAAGAAAAUCAACAAGUACUCUCUUGUGAUGAUAAACAAGGUGAAUAUCAAUAUCAAGAUUCUAUCAAAAAGUUUAGAUCUUUGUCAAUGGUGGAUGAUGAAGAUAAAAGAGGCAAUUUAUUCGUUGAAUCGGAGAAAUUAGGGUUAUCGGGGCGUGAGAAGUUGAAGAGGCAUUGGAGAGAAGUUGGAGGUAGGGUUUUUGUUCCAGAUAGAUGGGGACAUGAGGGUUCUUUGAGGGAAUGGAUGGAUUGUUCUUCUUUUGAUAAUAUACUAGCUCCGAAGGGACUAAAAUCAGCUCGUGAAGCCUUGAUGUCUCAAGGUAAACGAGCACGUUCAGGUUCAACUUCAAGAAUGCUCGAAAUCAGAAGUAGUUAAUCAUAAUUAGGAAGAAAAAAGACGUCUCAAGAAAAAUGAGCAAGUUCAAGUUCAAGUUCAAGUCCAACCUCAAGAAUAUUUGAAAUGAGAAAUAAAUACUCAUGACAAAAAAAAAAGUUUGAUCAUGAGGUGUGGGCUAAGAAUAUUGAUGUUGAGUUAGUCAAGUCAUAAAUUAGGAGCUUUUAGAUCUUAGUUUGAAUUAUUAUUAUUAUUAUUGUUGGAGUCUAUUGCUUAGAUUUUUGAAGAAUUUGUAUCAAUCAUGCCUUAUUGUCCAAUAAAAACAAACUAGAAUUUAGUAAUCAA